CGUGCUGCACAAAGCGUGUUCUGCUCACGGGUGGAGAAUGGGCUCCCCCCUCGGGGUGCGCCCGGAGAGAAGUUGAACCUCGUGGGGGCCCAGAGGGAGGAACAGCUAAGGGGCGCUGCGGCCCCUGAGCAGGAAGUGUGCUGGGCGGGGAGGGCGCUCUUCCCCUUUGUGUGAGGCUGUUGGUGUGGAAACGGCCCCAGAAAGGCCAGCGGCACAUCCCCUUCUCCCGAGGGCUGCAGGCUCCGUCCCUCAGCACCGACUCCAGGACGCCCCGGGACAGGGCUGGGCCAUGGCGCCCGGGCCCUCCACCCUCCUGGGCCUGGUGCUCUGUCUGGCCCAGAUGGCCUGCACCCAGCAGGGGACCCUGCCCAGACCCUCCAUCUCAGCUGAGCCGGGCUCCGUGGUGCCCUGGGGGCGGCCAGUGAGCAUUGUGUGCCGGGGCCCUGCCGGGGUUAGGAGCUUCCGCCUGGAGAAGGACAAUAGAUACAACUACAUGGAAGUGGCUGUCACGUCCAGAGGUGAACAGGAGACGGAGGCCAGAUUCCGCAUCACCGCCCUGCAUGAAGACGCCGUCGGGCGUUAUCACUGCAUCUAUGGAACAGAGUCCAGCUGGUCUGAGCGCAGCGAGACCCUGAGCCUGGAGGGGACCGAGGAGGCCGUCUCUGCCCUGCCCACAGGACGGCGGAUGCUGGCACCCGAAGCUAUGGGAGGAGGGAACAGGGAAAGCACAGAAGUGAACCAGGAGCUAAGGGGCUGGGACGAGGAGGCUCCAGUGAAAGCCGCCCCCGACCGACAGACUCCGGCUCCCAGACAGCCCACACCCCCCAGGACCACACGCUGGAGAACGGGGUCCGCCUGGGCGUGGCUGGCAUGGUCUUGCUGAUCCUGGUGGCGAUUCUGGCAGAAGCCAGGCAUGGCCAGGGGAGGUUCCAAUGCAGACCACAGGAAUGGAGACCAAAGGGUGCCCCCCAGAGAGACUGACCCCCAGGGGACCCAGGGCGGACAUUCCCGAGGACUCAAGAGUCUCCCAGGAGACCCAGCGCCCAGUGUGGCCGGGUCCUCAUGGUGAACGUGGCCGGCGGCUGGCCUGCCCACCAGCAUGCCUUCUCAGAAGCGGACACGCCCCGCGCCCUCCCAGGCACGUCGGCCGGCCACCAGUCUGCGGGGCUCCCCUCCAUGCCUGGCCCUCAUCGCCACGUCCCUGAGCCCUCCUGACCUCCCUUCUCUCCAGGCUCUUCCCUCCAGCCUCUACCUCCCGCUUCUUCCCGCCCCUCCCUCUGGGCGUCCUUCCCACAUCUGAGCGCACGAUUCCCACCCAUCUCCCCACCCCGCCUCCUGGAGCCCCGAAACCUCAGCUGCUAAGGCCCUGGCUGCCUUGGGCACCGCACCGGUCGCCUGCCUUACCUGGGAAGCCCUGAACUGUGCCCACCCCGCUCCUACCUGCAUCCUGUUUCCCGUCUUUCUGGAACACUCUCUGCCUUCCUGGGUCUGACUGUCGUCUCCUCGUGGCCCCACGGUCCUAUAAUAAAAGUCCAGGGGAAGAAAUGUAAGUCAAAA